AGCCAAGUACUCGGAUACGCUCGGCAGCUCGGGGGUCUCGGUUUUUUUCUUUUUACCAGAAGAGACGACACGGAUGUGCUGGCUGGUGACGUUCAGUAACGGCGCCGGACUCCGGGCUUCGACUUUGCCGAGUUUCUCGCUUGUUGGAUGUAACAAAAAUUCACCUGGAAGUCCGCGGUUCUGUCGACGCACCGUCGCUGUUUAAGGCGCUAGCAGCAGGAGCUGCGUCGGUGCGAGACUUCCGCGGUUCUCUCGGUAGGGAGUACAACCACAACUGUUUCUUCUUAUGCGGUCCCAGGUGUUUUGAGCCAUGCCUGGCAACAGCUCAGGGGCUCCACAGACGUCCCGCCACUACAAGCACCAUAACUCCAGCUCCAAAGCGGACAAGUAUAGACAAAGUCAAACUAUAUACAGAGAGAGCACGGUCAAACAUGACCUCAAGGAUCUUCAUCUUCAUAGGGAACAUCUAUGCGAGCACCACAAUGACCACCCUCAGUAUUCAGAGAACAAGAACGGCCGCAGCAGAGGACACCCACAAAAUGGCACAGCCCGGAACUCCGAGACUAUAGGAUUUAUUCCAGGGUCGGCCGACAGCACACCGGCCAGCAGGCCUACAUGUGGCUCCUGCGCCUCUAUGGGGUGGAGUGGCUGCAAAGCCCUCAUCUGCUGUGUGCUCACCUGUGGAUUUUAUGGCAGCCGAGAGCCCUGUCUGCCUGUUAAUGAGAGCUCAACAGACUACCCACCCAAAGCAGGCAGCGAGACUUCUAAUGGCAAGGCUCUUGCCAACCCAACCUGUGGGGUCUCUGUGGAAUCCAGCAGGCCCACCAAAACUACCAAGUUACCCCCAAGCGAAAGCUUCCGUUACCAAGAUGUUCGUUUUAGAGGUGAGAUAGUAAAUUAUCCAGUUAAUGCCUCCAAACGGACCCGUCCGCCCGCAAAAGGGGAAAGCCAGAGACCGAUUAGCAACACCAGCCUGUUGUCUGACUGCUACGAUCUGGACGAUCCGUGCGAUAGCACAGAUGUUGACUCUCUUAUCACCAAGAAGCUCUUGGAGCUUUACGCCCUCCAUCAGAUCGAAGAGCUCGCCAAGUGCACAUCUGAUUCCUCAUUCUUCCGCAAGACGAAUGAGAUCAGCGAGCUUAUCUACAACAUUGCCCAGAACUACAAUCUGGAGGAGCAGGAGGCCGAGUGCAAGCUGGUACAUGGAGUCAUCCGCAUCAGCACGCGAAAAGCCAAGAAGAAGGCCAGCCAUCAGUCAGCAGGGCAGCGUCCUAACGGCAGGAACGAUGGGACUCUGCCUGAUAGUGGCAACGAAACCAUGACCCAAACCUUCAUGAGCAGUGAUUAUCCAGAGGUGAAAGUGUCCGAGCAAACGCCAUCAGACGAGCUUGCGAGGAAAAUGAGGCAGUACAGCUCAAGAACAUAUUCCUCCAGCACUGCCACAACCUACUCUCCCUACCAGCAUGACACUGGAACACACUCCUCAGGAGCCCCUCUGCUUAUUUGAAACGCUACCCAGAGUCUAAAAUGUUUAUCUACUGACCAAUCAUGUAGCCUCUUUUCAUUUAUACUGUUACUGAACAGAGCACCUUUAUCCUAGAUGGGUAUAGUUCUCUUUUUAGUGGUCAAAAUAUAUAUAUAUAUAUUUUUUACGUUUUCUAACAAGUGACCAACAGAGGAGCUUUUUUAUUUUUUUUUGUUAUUUCCAUGGCAAAGAGAUGUAAGAUUUUAUAAACACAGUGUUUUAGGUUUAGAAAGAGACCAUGUAAAGUCUUAGCAGUCCGGAGGCCAGAUGAUCGAGGAGAGAACAGUCCUCAUUCUUUUCUUUAUUUUUGUUUUUACAACAUGUCUUUUUCAGCAUGUACAGCUUGAUGUCUCCUACCAUUUCUCCAGACUGCUGAGGCACAUUUUGGUUUUCACACCCACAGACGGUAUUGUAAGAAGCCAUACUUUGAUGUACAUAAUGACUCAAUGUUACUUUGUACCUUUUUGGAUUAAUCUUUUUAUACUAUACAGUGUGUCAUGUUUUUGACAAAAUAAAAGUUUCAGUGCUUGUUUUUA